ACCAUUCUCCAUGGCGGAAAAUGAACUCUUGCAUCGCUGAGAUGCGACGGAAGUCCUUACUCCAUAAGCAGCUGCCCUUGAAUGCACCCUGAAACAUGUUACAGAACUAAAAUUACAUCAUUUAAAUGAUCUUUUGGCAUUAUUGAUCAAACCAUUCAUACCGGAGUAGUGAUAUAAACAUUAAUGUAAGUUUUCCCAAGCCCAGUGAUGUCAGCCCCUAACUCGAACCAGAGAAAAGCAUGCUGGGGCGCUAGGGACGAGCUGUGGAAGUGCCUUGAUGAUAACCAGGACAAUGCCUCCUCCUGUGAGAAGUUCCAGAAAGAGUUUGAGGCGAGCUGUCCAGCUCAGUGGGUGAAACACUUCACCAAGAGGAGAGACUUUUUGAAGUACAAGGACAAGAUGCAGACGGAGGGCUUUGAGCCUGCUGACGGGCCUAAAGAGUCACGGUCCUAGCCAGUAGCCACUGGUCAGAAGACUUGAGAGGAGGGCUUCCUGGGGCCUCCUGGUUGAUGGACAGCAGUGGACUGUCACUGGUCACUAGAGCACAAUCUUGCCAUGCCUCUCCAGUGACGAUAGAUGCUGGAUUUCAGUGACCUAACACCUGGACACUGGGUAGAUGUCAACUACGCGCCACAGUCAGAUUCUCAAGCUACUCCGCAAGUGUGCACUUGUCUCGUUCACUCCUCGCCUCAGACUAGUGACCGUACCUACGUCACGCAUGGGACAGGUGUGUGGUGACGUAACCACGGUGAGCGCUGUGGAAAGUGCACCCCUCACAGUCAGACAUGGUUCUACAGGCUUUCUCUGCAUCCCUCUCCGCUCUCUCGAUACAACGUCAAGGGGUUGUAUGUGGUGUGACGCAAAUCAACUGCUCCGUGACUUAUAGUCUAACCACAAUCGUUUCUUAUUUAUGCUAUUGUCAAAGAUAGAUUAAGAUAUUGUUCUUUAUUGAUGAAUAGACAGUGAUAUGUUAUGUGUGUGUGAUUUAUUGUGAUAAAUAAUGACGAGUCAAUGGUUCAGCAUUAUUUUGUAACAAUUGUGUUUAAUUUCCAUGAAUCUAGGCCUAUUCUACGAGGUGAGUUGAAUAUGUGUGGAAACAACUACAUUAACGUUAUUCAUGGAGGUUACGGUUCAUUGGAUUGGUUGGACACUACAAGGCACAUUUCUUUUUUUUAUAUUACAAGUUGGCAUGUAUUUACAAAGGUUCUAUAUCUGUCUUCUAAAACCACAUCAAAGUAUGAAAACUUGUGCAACGUCGAAUAAAUUAUAAACAGAGAUUUA